GAUUCAUUUAUGAGUGAAGAUGAUGUUUGUCUUGAGCACCGCUGUUUUUUUCAUUCUGGCAUUUCCAGCCAUCAACUCUGAAGUUGUAGACUUCAGUAAGUGUAGUGAGUUUUUCUUUAAUGGACAGUCUCCAGUGAUUCCUGGUAUUCUGGUGAAUUCAAACUCUCAAAAUAACAAUUACCAAACGAUCUGUCAAAAAUAUGACGGCAGGUACAGAUUUGCAACACUCUAUGACACAACACACAGGAUUCCAGUUUUCUCAGCUUACAAAGUCACUGCAGAUGUAAGGAACAGCGAAACUACUGUUUGGAUGGAGGAGCCUCAGCUCGAGCUCCCCAGUGAUGAGAUGGGCAUGCCAUAUGAAAAUCAAGCCACAGAUGAAGACUACAUUGACAAUAAUUUGGAUGUGAAUCGCGGUCAUUUGUUUCCCAGCUGUCAUUCAGGUGAUGAAGUCAUCUCUCGUUCUACAUACACACUUACCAACACUGUGCCACAGAAGGAAAGCUUCAAUAGCGGCAGCUGGAAUCGAAUGGAAAUGGAAACUAUAAUGCUAAUGGCGGAAAACUGCCAUGACAGUGAAGACCAAAAUAAAGUUUUGGCUCAUGUGUUGACAGGAGCUGUACCUGGCAAAAAUAAACUAAAUGAAAGAGUGAAUAUUCCAUCAUUCAUGUGGAUGACAUUCUGCUGCUAUAACAGUUCCAGUGAGUCGUGGAUCUCUCAAGCUUACUGGGCUCCAAACCAAGACGAAAAUAAAGCUGACAAUGUCACAAUCAAUGAAAUAAGCCUGCAGGAAUUACAGAUAUUACUGAAUAAAGAAUGGGUGAAUGUAGUACAGCUAUUUUACAGCAACUGUAACAAGAAAGUAAUAUUUCACUGGUAUUAAAAAAAAACAGAUAAAUAUUGCUUGCAAUGACCAUUUGUUCUUUUUAUUGGACCAGAGAAUUUUGCGUUUCAUGCACUCUUCAAGCAUAAUUUUACAUUCAUCCUACUUUUAACUCAACAUAAAACUUUUUUAACAUUUACAAAUGCUUCUUUAAAAAGAUGUAACAAGUUCUCUUAUAUGUAUUGUAAAUAUAAGUCAUGAAAAGAAGCAUUGUAUAUUGCGGCCGAAAUCACAUUUUUCUUUUGCAAUGUCUAAGCCAUUUUGUAGUAUAAACAGUGUGUUCACAUA